AUGGCAAAUGAGAGCCAUCCAUCUGAAUUUGUCCUUUUGGGUUUCUCAGCCUUUGGGGAGCUACAGGUGGCACUAUAUGGGCCCUUCCUGGUACUGUAUGUUAUGGCCUUCACAGGAAACAUAAUAAUCAUUGCCAUGGUCUUGGCCAGUGCCCAACUACACACACCCAUGUACUUUUUCCUGGGAAAUUUUGCCCUCCUAGAGACUUUGGUCACAAUGACUGUAGUGCCCAAGAUGCUUUCAGAUCUCCAUGUCUCCACCAAGACAAUUUCCUUCACUGGCUGCAUGAUCCAAUUCUAUUUCUAUUUCUCUUUUGGCUCCUCCACCUUCCUGACCUUAGCGGACAUGGCUCUGGACCGCUUCGUGGCCAUUUGCCACCCACUUCGCUAUGGCACCCUUAUGAGCUGGGUGGUAUGCAUACGUUUGACUGGGGCAGCCUGGGCAGCACCUUUCCUGGCCAUGGUGCCCACUGUUGUCUCCCGAGUACAGCUCUCCUAUUGCCGUGGCAAUAUCAUUAACCACUUUUUCUGUGACAAUGCCCCAUUGCUGCAGCUAGCCUGCUCAAACACAUCCUUGCUAGAGUUAUGGGACUUUUUGAUGGCCUUGGCUUUCGUCCUCAGCUCCUUCCUGAUAACACUUGUUUCCUAUGGCUACAUAGUGACCACUGUGUUGCGUAUCCCCUCUGCCAGUGGCCGCCAGAAGGCCUUCUCCACGUGUGGCUCCCACCUAACUCUGGUCUUUCUUGGCUAUAGCAGCACAAUAUUUGUCUAUGUUCAGCCCAGUAAGGCACAUUCUGUGGAGCUCAACAAGUUUGUGGUCUUGGUCACUUCUAUACUGACCCCUGUUCUCAACCCCUUUAUUUUUACCCUUCGCAAUCAGACAGUAAAGACAAUUAUCCGAGGACAUGUGCAAAGACUAAAAGACUUGAAGAAUUCAGCAUGA